UUCUUCAUCCAUUUCAGCUUUUAGUUACAGUUGGAAUAAUAAACCCUACUCUACUCUGCAACCUUUCUUGUUCCCACAACAAAAAUGGAGAAAAGUUGCAUUUGGAUAAGGCGUAUUGUGGUGGGAAUUAAUCCUCUGCAUCUCACCAAAAUACCCUCUUCAAUCUCCAUCGUUCAUUCAUCAUCUUCAUCAUCUUCAUCAUCAUCAACUCUAAUCUCUCUCUUCUCUCUCCCUCAACGCCGACGCUCUCUUUCUAUCACUGCUUCUUCUCAAUCACUUUCUUUCUCUUCCAUUGAUAAUGACACCUUCACUUCAAGAGUUGAUGAGAUAAAACCCAAUGAAGGGAAUUCAAAGACUUUGUUGAAAGGAAUGAGAUAUGAUGAGCUUGAAAAAUGGGUUCAGUUACAUGGUUUUAGGCCGGGUCAGGCUAUGAUGUUAUGGAAACGUCUCUAUGGUGACAAUAUCUGGGCACAUUGUUCUGAUGAACUGGAAGGUUUAAACAAAGAUUUCAGAAAAAUGUUAAGUGUCCAUGCAGAUUUUAGGGCGUUGUCUCUGAAAGAUAUCCGCACUGCAUCUGAUGGAACAAAAAAGAUUUUAUUCACAUUGGAAGAUGGACUGGUGAUUGAAACAGUUAUAAUCCCUUGUGAUAGGGGACGAAAUACAGUGUGUGUUUCAAGUCAAGUGGGUUGUGCCAUGAAUUGUCAGUUUUGUUACACUGGAAGGAUGGGUUUAACAAGGCACCUUACUGCCGCUGAGAUUGUAGAACAGGCUGUGUUUGCUCGGCGAUUGUGCACAAAUGAAGUUGGGUCAAUUACAAAUGUCGUCUUCAUGGGUAUGGGGGAACCACUUCAAAAUAUAGACAAUGUAGUUAAAGCAUCAGACAUAAUGGUAGAUGAUCAAGGGCUCCAAUUCAGUCCUCGGAAGGUUACUAUUUCAACCAGUGGACUGGUCCCACAACUGAAACGUUUUCUUCAUGAAAGCACUUGUGCUCUUGCUGUUAGUUUGAAUGCUACAACUGAUGAGGUGAGAAACUGGAUCAUGCCAAUAAAUCGGAAGUAUAACUUGGAACUACUUCUUGGAACGCUUAGGGAGGAGUUGCGACAUAGACAUAAUUAUAAAGUUCUAUUCGAAUAUGUGAUGCUUGCAGGAAUCAAUGACAGCAUGGAGGACGCAAAGAGGCUUAUUAAUCUUGUUCAAGACAUUCCGUGCAAGAUCAAUCUCAUCCAAUUCAAUCCUCAUAGUGGGUCUCUCUUCAAGCCAACCAAGGAAGAGAAGAUGAUUGAAUUUCGGAAUGCCCUGGCAGCUGGAGGUUGCACGGUCUUCCUGCGCCUCAGUAGGGGUGAUGAUCAGAUGGCUGCGUGUGGCCAACUUGGAAAGCCCGGGGACUUUCAGGCUCCCUUGCUCCGAGUUCCUCCUCAGUUUGAGAAAAUAUUGAACACCGUCUGACUGUAGACAGUUUACACCUUCGAAUAAUAGUCAUUUCCUUGUAUAUUCGACAGCAAACCUUUUGAUAUUUAAAAUUAUUAUUUUCUUUUUA